CAAGUUAAAUAAUGCAUCACAGCAUUUUGAAAAGUAGUGCCAUGUAUGUGUAGCUACAGUUUAUGAAACAUGAUCAUAUUCCUUCUCAAUAUCCAUAUUUCUUAAGUUAUAAUCUUACUCAUUUGGCUGGUUUUCAGAUAGUAGACCUCAUAUAACCCAGCACUGAUGAUUCCCUCCCUGGAUAUUUUUCAGAGUCAUUAUAGUCUUGUGGAGGUGCCUUACAACUAGAAGCAUGAAAAAGCCAUAGACUCUGGCUUUAUGAAGAGUUCCCAGGCCAGAUAACUGCUCUUCUGACUGUACCUCUGCAGAGAUUCAUGGAGUUCUGGUCAUCGUAGGCUGGUAAACACUGUUGAAUGACCAUCACACAUACAAUUAAGUAUAAAUAUACAGUUAACAUAUCUUCACAUUAAAACUUAAAAAGGAGAUAAUGUGUUAUACCCUCAUGAUGAGAUAAGUAAAUAUUAAUUUUUGGCUGCAUCCACAAUAUGUUGGAAGUUCCUGGGCCAGGACUGAAUCUGGGACACAGAAGCAACGCGAGCUGCUGCAGUGACAAUGCCCAAUCCCCAACCUGCUGCGCCACAAGGGUACUCCCUAAAUAUUUUUAAAAAUAGCACACCCUGAGCUGCUGGACCUGGUGGGGGAGUAGGGUCAUUUUCAACUUGAGCUGGGGUGCCUGGAGCUCUGAGUUCGUGUCCUGGGCUGCGCAGAAGCACGGGUCAGUUUCAGACUUCCUUUGCCUGGCUUGGGUGCAGAGAGGGCAUGGUGCCUGGAUCCCUCCCCGCAGAGGAUCCGCUGGUCCAGGCCAGGGGAUGCCCUCGCUGACCCCUGGUCCACAGCUGCCUGCAGCUGGCCUGCAGUCAUGGCAGACCACCUGCUGCUCGUGGAGGGAAACCACCUGAUGCCAAGGCCACAGCUUACCGUGCCUGCCCAAGGCACUCACGUGGUCUGGAUGCUGCAACCGCACUGGGGACUGGGCCUCGACAAAUGGUUGCUGCCACGGGGGACUCCGCUGGGCCUGCCGCUGCAGCCACCACGUGGCGUUCUGAUGUGCGGGGCCUUCGGCAGCCACCGACCUUCCAGUCCUUUCUGUCUGUGCUGCUGCCACCACCAGCCAGCCAGCAGCACGCACCUACAGCCCAGGGUGACACUCUACCCAAGUCCCGAGACCGCGCACACACCCCCACUCCCAGCGCCAUGGGAGGCCCCCCUGGGCCUGCAGCCAGUGCCUGGAGGCCCAGCUCUGCCACCGCCACCACCCACGCACGCUCUGGUCUGCAUGGAGAGGGAACUCAUCCAUGAGGAGGCGCUGACAUCGCUGGAGCUGGAGCUAGGGCUGCACCCUGUGCGGGAGCUGCCCAAGCUCUUCCUGGGCCAGAGCCAGUUCAACUGCUUCUCAGACUUUGGAUUGGCACCACCCACUGGCUCUGUGAGCUGCUAAGUGAUGCCUGCCUGGCCUGGCGGAGAGAAGGGGGCGGCCUCGGCUGACUCUGCACACAGCGCUGGGACCCCUGCAUGCAUCUUCCUUGAGGGUGAGGCAGCGGUUAGGGCACAGAGCCCACUCCGGGGCCGCGACGUCUGGCCUCACUGCAGACCCUGCUUCCUGCAGGAUGACAGUUUGGGCUCAUCUCUCUGACCAGAGCCACAGGGCAAAAGUGAAGGGGUCUAGACACCCCUUGCAGCCUCCAAGCUCUUGGAUUCUGUAUCCUCUCCUCUCAGAUCCCCCAACCCAGCUCCCCAAUCUGAACUAUUCCAGGGUUCUGCCUGAUUCCCCCUCUCCUUGCACAGCCCACCUUGUUCACUGGGUCGUGGGAGCUGCACAACCUCCUGGCCCCUGCCCUGGAGGCCUGGGCCCUGAGGUCAUUUGUUGGGCCUCCCCCUCUGGGGAGGGGCAGAUUGUACAGCCCUCACCCCUGCAGAGUGGCCUCCAACACCAAAAUAAA